CUUAGUUGUUGCUUUCUUUUCGUCUUCCUACUACCUUGAUUUCUUUUUUGUUGUUUUGCGGUAGCUAGCUAGUUUAUGGUAUACUUUAUGCUUCAGAAUAUUUUCUCUCCUAUGUGUGACGUCUUGCUCUCUUUCUCUUCUAAGUCUGCACCAGCAAAACCUGCUAUUCCGACUCUGAUUCUCUCCCCAUCUCUUCGUCUCUGUUCAAGUCCCUAUGUUGCUGUCCAAAACACAAACAUCUACUGCAACUUCAUGGAUAGAAAAAGUAAGAUACCAUAAAAACAAAGGAACCCACUUCAAGUUCCCGGUCAAUCCCCACUUUAGAUACACUGCCUUUCUUUUUGUGUUUCUCUCCUUAUGGUUUUUGUUACAAGUCUUUUGGUUCCCAUCGACAAAAACCCAUCCUCUUCCCAAAACUCAGUACCCCACCACCACUGUUUCCGCCAUCUCCACCGCUAGUUAUGAAGUUCAUAUAAAUCAUAAAACAACUAAAAAGUCAUCGUCUCCCAAAUGCAAUGGAAGGGUGUCAGUUUACGUGUACAAUUUGCCUGCGGAGUUUAACCUCGACCUCCUCGACGGUUGCAGCCACUUGAAUGUUUACACCAACAUGUGUCCCCACGUGGCUAACAGUGGUCUAGGCCAGCCCCUGGACAACAUGGACCUAAGCUCGAGCGACUCCAAUCCCUGGUUCGCCACCCACCAGUUCAUAGCGGAGAUGAUUUUCCACGCAAGAGUAGAGAACCACCCGUGUCGCACGUGGGAUCCAGCAAAAGCCAAUCUGUUCUAUGUUCCUUUCUACGGUGGUCUCCAUGUGUCCAGCAAGUUCCGCGAGCAAAAUCACACAAUUCGCGACGCAUUAGCCGUUAGAUUGAUCAACUAUCUUCACGACCAACCCACGUGGCGCAAGCGUUACGGCAAGGAUCACUUUAUUGCCCUAGGGAGAACCUCGUGGGAUUUCAUUAGAACCGACGGUGGGCCCGAUUUUGGGGCGAACUGUCUUCUAAAUCUGCCAUCUGUAAAAAACAUGUCGGUGCUAACCGUAGAGAGAAAUCCCUGGCACGGUUCAAACCAACACGGCAUCCCUUACCCUUCCUACUUCCACCCGUCCACGUCAGAUCAAAUGUUGACGUGGCAGCGCAUGAUGCGGCAAUCAAACCGGCCCUACUUGUUUUCCUUCAUUGGAGCCCCACGUAAGGGCGUUGACAAAGCGGCCAUCAGGGACGAAAUGAUAAAGCAAUGCAUGGAGUCCACUCGAUGCCAGCUGCUGAAAUGUAACGGGGGAAACCCCAAGUGCUACAAUCCUAGUGACAUUUUAACAGUAAUGAGAGAAUCUCAGUUUUGCUUACAAGCUCCGGGAGACUCUUUCACUCGAAGGUCAACGUUUGACUCGAUCCUUUCCGGUUGCAUACCGGUGUUUUUCUCGCGGCACACGGCGUAUACGCAGUACGCUUGGUUUUUGCCUGGUGAGGCGUCAAAGUAUUCAGUUUAUAUGGAUGAACAAGGGGAUGAAAGCAAAAGAAUAGAAGAGAAGCUGUUGAAGAUAUCGAAAGAAGAGGUGGAGAAGAUGCGAACUACGGUGAUUGAUAUGAUCCCAAGGCUCACUUACGCUCAUCCUAAUGCCAGUAGUAGCGAUCUUGGGUUUAAAGAUGUUGUCGACGUCGCGCUUGAAGCCUUGGCACAACAUGUCAGGAACAAAAUACAGCAAGAUGAUCUCGAAAUAGCUGAGUCUAGGUAUUAACAAUUACGAGAAGACAAUUAAUUAUAAAAAUAAAUUGAAAAAAAAAAGAUGUAUAGAGGCAGUUGUGUUGCGAAUUAGUUUUUUAGACGAGUGAAAAUUAAUAUAUGCAUAUAUCACAAUCUGAUUUUGAUUAAAAUGUCAGGUCACUAUUUCUGGUAGCUUUUUGCAUGCAUAAAAUGAUUUGCUAUUUAUUGCAAUAAAUAUAGCAGCUGAU